AGAUUUAUUAACUUUCUUUAUAUUUUGAAAUGAAAAUGGAAAUGUUCAGGAAAAAGACGCUUUUAUUGAGUUCUUUGGUUUUGUUUAUUUUUAGUGACGUUUGUUUAAAUCAGAAUGUUGAGGAGUCGUCGAGUACAACUCUUGGGCCAACAGAUACCACCAGUUUUUCGUGUGAAGGUCGACCAUCUGGUUAUUAUGCUGAUAUUGAAACUGGAUGUCAAGUUUAUCAUAUGUGUGAUGGACUUGGGCGACAAUUUAGUUACGCAUGCCCGAACACAACUCUAUUUCAACAGCGCAUGUUAAUAUGUGACCAUUGGUACAUGGUCAACUGUAGUCAAUCCGAAACUGAUUAUAGUGCAAAUUUAUUAAUCGGACAACGAGAUAAACCAUUUGUUGAUGAUAACACUGUCCAUAAACGUACCCCACGUCCAGAUCUCUUUGGCAUCGCUCCACAAUAUGAUGGAGUACGGGGUCGUAAAUAUGAUCAAUUAAAUCAGGAGCGUAAUUUAAUUGGAGGGGAUUUUAUUAAGAGUGAUUCAUCAGAUCGUAAGAAUGUUAAAUAUUUUGUACCAUCUCAUUGGUCUACGGAAUUGUCGCAGCAAACAAUUACAGAAAAUCCACGAAAACUUCAAACCACAGCAACGAAGGAUAAUGUUAAAACUACAACAAGGUCUCCAAUUAGGCGUGUAGUAACAACAUCAACACCACCAGUGCUAGAAACUACAACUGAAUUUUUGAUAGAAUCACCAUCAAAAUACUUUUUACCACCGUUUGAUACAAAUCGUUAUCAAGUAAUACGUAAUUUACCAAAUAAUAACAUUUUGGAGCAAACUGCUCUGACUUUACAAAGUUUAAAAGUGAAUAUAACUACAACUACUGAACAAUCUGUCAGCGAAGAUGAUUCCUCAACUGAAAGUAGUGUUAAAAUUAAUAACAUCAAUAAUAUAUCGAACGAAAGCGAAGAUAUUAAUUUAAAAGCACCAUCAAAAGAUUUAGAACCACCGAAAUUGGAAGAAAACAGUUCAAUUCAAACAAGUACAAUCGAUCCACAAAUCUUCAAUACAAUUAUUCCAAACAAAGAAUUAUUACCACCAAAAUUGGGAGAUAAUUCAAAGAAUUUAAAUCGAACAAAUUCUAUUUACGACGAAGGAAAAAUUCGUGAUCUACGUAAAGUAUUAUUUAUUCCCGAUUAUAAUUUCCCGUUAGAUCCAUUACCACGUCCGGGCUACGAUAGUUUUUCAUCGUAUCAAGUGAAAGCUACAGGAGAAGUUAGUAAUAAUGAUACGAAUAUUCCACCACCGUCGGUUACUCCACAAACCGAUUGUCCGGAACGAUGUGAUCCAAAAAUGUUUAUUGCAGGCACAUGCCAACCAUGUAUUUUAGUGAAACGAUAAAAACAAUGAACUUAUUACCUUUCUCUUAUAAUUAUUUAUAGAUUGCCAUCUUAUUGUAUUU